GUUGACUCUAAAAAUAUGUAUAUAUAAACAUUUUUGUCCUCUCUUGUGCCAAAAAUACUUAAAACCUUCACAUUCCUGUAAACGUAUUUGGAUAAACUUCUUUUUCCCGGGUCUCAGCCCGGACAGACCUGCACGCACGCUAGCGUGGGGGAGCUAAUGGGUGGACCCAAAGGAGGAUUUCCAGCCCCGUGAUUUGCUAAUCAGGGGCUGGUUACCCUGUCAAUCCUUUGUAAUCGUGGCUCUGGUUUGUGGAGCUGGCCCAGCCCUCCUGUCGGCGGACGCACCAAGGGUAGAGACUGCGUUCUGCGCGUUUUGGUAAAAGCCCGACUCCCUUCACUGUGAAGGCUGGGCACUGGGAAAGGAGGAUCGGGGGCCUCGUAACUGAGAGAAGAGGCUGAAACUCUACACAUAUGGCUUUUUUCUAGGACUGUUUCCAUCAUAAUUUGGGAUUGUGGACGGGACGGAAUUGAAAAUCACCUGAAGUCGCCCAGAGGUUUUAUUCACUUGUGGGCCAUGGAGAUGCAAAGGUGGUCCACAAGGUGGAAAACGAAAAGGUGGCUAAUGGAUUCCACUGUAACGGCAUUCAUCACUUUAACCCUGGUUCUGCAGGCUGCUCACGUCAAAGCAGCAGAACCAGUGGACAUCCUGAAAGUAUUACCAUUUCAAAAUCUCCCCGAAGGAGUAACAAAAACAUCAGGAUUUUGCACAAACCGAAGAGCUUCACAGCCUGACUCAGCAUACAGAAUUUCCCAGCAGGCCCAGCUUAGUGUCCCCACCAGCCAUUUAUUCCCUGAAAAUGUUUUCCCCGAGGACUUCUCCAUCCUGACCACAGUGCGUCCCAAGGCUGGCCUACAGUCUUUUUUGCUGUCCAUAUAUAACGGCCAAGGGGUGCAGCAGCUAGGUGUCGAACUGGGACGCUCGCCCGUCUUCCUCUAUGAGGAUCAGACUGGCAAACCUGACCCAGAGGACUACCCUCUGUUCAAUAACCUCAACCUGGCUGAUGGAAGGUGGCACCGCGUGGCCAUCAGCGUAGAGAAGAAGAUGGUCACUAUUAUCGUUGACUGUAAAAAGAAGAUCACCAAGCCUCUCCUCAGGAGUGACUCAGGUUCUAUCGAAACCAACGGAAUCACCGUCUUUGGCCGCAGGGUUGUUGACGGCGAGGUUUUCCAGGGUGACAUCCAGCAGCUUCUCGUUGUGGCUGAGCCCCAAGCUGCGUACGACUACUGUGAACACUACAGCCCCGACUGUGACACCCCGCACAAGGAUUCGCUGCAGGCCCAGGAGCCGGAGUAUGAGAGAAAGAAACGUAGUGUCUCCGAGAAAACGAAGAGGACCAGAAAGUCCCUCAGUAAAACUAAGGCCAAGCCCCUUAGGUUUCUGGCAGCCAAAAAAUCACCAGCUAAAAAGUUUCCCGCUAAGAAGAAACGACAGAUGCCUGGCUACCAGGCCACAGCGCCAGCGCGACCCAGAGGAAAUUUUAGGCCAAACAAUGUAGAAGGAGAUUACGGUAUUGACUACGGAACUGUAGAUGAAAUUCUCACUGAUUCCUUUGCCACCAGUGGACCCUUGGAGGAGGAGGAGGAGGAGGUCACCGGUGCCUCCGUCACCGAGGACGCUCCGAUUGCCCCGGAGCCCACCGCUGUCCGGGAAACCUCGGACAACUUGGACACCGGUGCGGAGUCAUACGACUUUAAGGAGUAUGACCUUAAAGAGUAUGACUUGGGCGGCGUUGACAGCAAGUUGUAUGACUAUGGGGCGUACGAUGAGUAUGGCACAGCCCAGCCCAGGCCCUCGGAGGCCUACGAUGAUGAGGUGGGGCCCGGGGUUGCCGCGGAAACCGACGUUUCGGAGAGCACCGUGGCCGGCGCUGAAGGAGUCUUGGGCCAGAAAGGAGAGAAGGGGGACCCGGCUGUGAUCGAACCAGGCAUGCUGAUUGAAGGCCCACCAGGACCACCCGGACCAGCUGGUCUCCCAGGUCCCUCGGGCCUACAAGGACCCCCAGGUACUUCAGGAGAUCCUGGCGAGAGGGGUCCUCCCGGUCGUGCUGGCCUGCCCGGUGCCGACGGUUUACCAGGGCCUCCUGGUACCAUGCUGAUGUUGCCAUUCCGUUUCGGUGGCGACGGUGAGAAAGGUCCAGCGGUGUCUGCCCAAGAAGCCCAAGCUCAGGCCAUCCUCUCUCAGGCCAGACUGGCUAUGAGGGGCCCCCCGGGGCCGAUGGGUCUGACAGGAAGAUCAGGACCAGUGGGUCCACCUGGAAGUUCUGGACUGAAGGGCGAAAGCGGAGAUCCCGGUCCUCAGGGACCUCGUGGUAUGCAGGGGCCUCCGGGACAAAUGGGCAAACUUGGCAAAAGAGGUCGUGCCGGAUCUGACGGUGCUCGUGGAAUGCCCGGAGAGCCAGGCUCCAAGGGUGACCGAGGAUUCGAUGGACUCCCUGGCCUGCCUGGUGAAAAGGGUCACAGGGGCGAGCCAGGGCCCAUGGGACCUCACGGUUCCCCUGGAGAGGAUGGACAGAGGGGUGAGGAUGGAGAGAUCGGACCCAGAGGAUUACCAGGAGAGAGUGGUCCUCGAGGUUUGCUUGGACCUCGUGGUUCUCCAGGACCUCCUGGAUCUCCCGGUGUCGCUGGUGUUGACGGGCCUCCUGGUCCCAAAGGAAACAUGGGACCGCAAGGAGAACCCGGCCCACCUGGGCAGCAGGGAAUCCCGGGAACACAGGGUCUUCCUGGACCUCAGGGCCCCAUUGGACCACCUGGAGAAAAAGGACCUCAGGGCAGGUCAGGAUUGGCUGGAUUACCUGGAGCUGAUGGGCCUCCUGGUCAUCCUGGCAAAGAGGGGCCACCGGGAGAGAAAGGAGCGCAGGGUCCUUCAGGUCCUCAGGGUCCCAUUGGGUAUCCCGGACCUCGUGGUGUGAAGGGCGCCGACGGUGUCCGUGGUCUCAAGGGGUCGAAGGGAGAGAAGGGUGAGGAUGGUUUCCCAGGUUUCAAGGGUGACAUGGGAAUCAAAGGAGACCGGGGUGAGCUGGGCAUGCUCGGGCAACGUGGAGAAGAUGGUCCCGAGGGUCCAAAAGGUCGAGCUGGACCCAACGGAGAAUCAGGACCACUUGGACCUGCUGGAGAAAAGGGUAAACUUGGUGUUCCAGGAUUACCAGGUUAUCCAGGAAGACAAGGACCAAAGGGCUCACACGGUUUCCCUGGUUUCCCUGGAGCCAACGGAGAGAAAGGAGCGAGGGGACUUGCUGGUAAAGCUGGUCCCAGAGGACAGAGAGGCCCAACAGGUCCUCGUGGUGCACGUGGAGCCAGAGGUCCAACAGGAAAACCAGGACCUAAGGGCACAUCUGGCAAUGAUGGUCCUCCGGGUCCCCCUGGUGAGAGAGGACCUCAAGGACCGCAGGGACCUGUCGGCUUCCACGGACCGAAGGGCCCACCUGGACCGCCCGGGAAAGACGGGCUGCCCGGACAUCCUGGUCAGCGAGGAGAAACAGGUUUCCAAGGCAAAACCGGUCCACCAGGCCCAGGAGGUGUUGUCGGACCUCAGGGUCCAACAGGAGAGACCGGUCCUGUCGGAGAGAGAGGCCACCCUGGACCCCCGGGUCCACCUGGUGAACAAGGUCUUCCAGGUUCUGCUGGCAAAGAGGGAGCAAAGGGAGAUCCGGGACCACAAGGACCGUCCGGAAAAGAUGGCCCUCCUGGUCUCCGAGGCUUCCCCGGAGAGAGAGGUCUGCCUGGCGCCACGGGUCCAGCAGGUCUGAAGGGAGGAGAGGGUCCACAGGGUCCGCCCGGUCCUGUCGGUUCCCCCGGUGAGAGAGGAGCUGCCGGUCCUGCCGGUCCCAUCGGUUUGAGUGGUAGACCUGGUCCUCAGGGUCCUCCGGGUCCUGCUGGAGAAAAAGGAGCACCUGGUGAGAAAGGACCUCAAGGCCCAGCCGGUCGUGAUGGUGUCCAGGGUCCUGUUGGUCUACCCGGGCCCCCCGGACCCCAGGGUCCACCUGGAGAGGAUGGUGACAAGGGAGAGGUCGGAGAGCCGGGUCAAAAAGGAAGUAAAGCUGACAAAGGAGAACAGGGUCCUCCUGGUCCAGCUGGUCUACAAGGCCCCAUAGGAGCUCCAGGUCCUGCUGGAGCUGAUGGAGAGCCGGGCCCCAGAGGUCAGCAGGGUAUGUUUGGACAGAAGGGAGAUGAAGGAGCCCGCGGUUUUCCCGGACCUCCCGGUCCCAUCGGUCUGCAGGGGCUUCCCGGACCCUCCGGUGAGAAGGGAGAGAUGGGUGACGUUGGCCCGAUGGGUCCUCCUGGUCCUCCUGGUCCCAGAGGUCCUCAGGGUCCCAGUGGAGCUGAUGGUCCACAAGGUCCUCCAGGUGGCGUGGGUCCAAUGGGAGCCGUGGGUGAAAAGGGUGAGCAAGGCGAGGCCGGAAACCCAGGACCAUCCGGAGAGCCCGGUACAGGGGGACCCAAAGGUGAGCGAGGAGAGAAGGGAGAAUCCGGGCCUCCCGGAGCCGCUGGACCUGCUGGUGCCAAAGGUCCCCCCGGAGACGACGGUCCAAAGGGAAACCCGGGCCCCGUCGGAUUCCCCGGAGACCCCGGUCCUCCUGGAGAACCUGGUGUUGCUGGCACCGAUGGAGAAUCUGGAGAGAAGGGAGACGACGGAGAGGCCGGUCAAGCGGGACCUCAAGGAGCUGCUGGGUCAGAGGGCAGGCAAGGAGAAAAGGGCGCCAAGGGUGAGGCUGGUGCAGAGGGUCCGGCAGGUAAAACGGGACCAGUAGGACCCCAGGGACCUCCGGGAAAACCUGGUCCGGAGGGCUUGCGUGGAAUCCCCGGUCCUGUGGGAGAACAAGGACUACCAGGCGCUCCGGGACAGGACGGUCCACCUGGCCCCAUGGGUCCUCCUGGUCUUCCAGGUCUGAAAGGUGAUCCUGGAUCGAAGGGUGAAAAGGGUCACCCAGGUCUGAUUGGUUUGAUCGGACCGCCCGGAGAGCAAGGAGAGAAAGGAGACCGAGGUCUGCCCGGACCCCAAGGUUCACCUGGUGGCAAGGGUGACAGUGGUAUCGGUGGUUCCUCUGGUCCUCUGGGUCCUCCUGGUCCCCCUGGUCUGCCUGGUCCACAAGGUCCUAAAGGAUCCAAGGGUUCCUCUGGUACCGCGGGGCCAAAGGGAGACACCGGUUCGGUUGGUCCUCCCGGUCCUCCAGGUCCGCCCGGUGAGGUCAUCCAGCCACUGCCCAUCCAGUCACCCAAGAAGACCAAACGCUCCAGCGACGUGCAGUCGGACGCCGCCGGUUUCCUCAUGGAUUACGGCGAGGGCAUGGAGGACAUUUUCGGCUCGUUGAACAACCUCAAGCAGGACAUCGAGCGAAUGAAGUACCCAAUGGGAACAGAGAACAAUCCCGCAAGGACGUGCAAAGACCUGCAGCUGAGUCACCCAGAGUUCCCUGAUGGUGAAUACUGGAUCGAUCCGAACCAAGGCUGCUCAGGGGAUUCCUUCAAAGUCUACUGUAAUUUUACUGCAGGGGGCGAAACCUGCAUCUACCCAGAUAAGAAGUCAAAUGGAGUCAGAAUAUCUUCAUGGCCCAAAGAGGUUCCGGGAACAUGGUACAGUGAAUUUAAGCGCGGUAAAACACUAUCCUACACUGACGCGGAUGGAAAAGAGAUAAACAUGGUACAGAUGACCUUCCUUAGACUACUGACGGCCUCGGCCAGGCAAAACUUUACCUACAGCUGCCACCAAUCCGUGGCAUGGCACGACGCCACCAACGACAACUACGACAAGGCGCUGCGAUUCCUGGGCGCCAACGACGAGGAGAUGUCCUUCGACAACAACCCUUACAUCAAGGCCGUUAAAGACGAAUGCGCGAUCAAGAAGGGAUACGGAAAGACUGUGAUGGAGAUUAACACUCCCAAAAUUGAUCAGGUGCCAAUCGUGGACGUCAUGUUGACUGACUUUGGGGACCCUAACCAGAAGUUUGGGUUUGAAGUUGGGCCCUUGUUCCCUUGGUUUACCGAUGUUUCCUGCACCGCCACCACCUUUUUAUUCACCAGUCGUGGUCUUAAGCUCCACGUCCCUUUGGCAGCAUCUUCAGGUGGCCAGGAGGAGGCCAUGGCAGUGACCACGUCUUCAACCAGGAUUGGCAAAUUUGAGGCCAGGUGA